AUGGGUCCACAGUGGAUCAGGGGGCCCUUCACAGACCUGCUGCUAAUACUCUUCUGCCUUCUACAUCCGGGGGACUCAGGGAAAUCCCAUUGGACCUCCAACACCCCUGGGGAGGAGGCCGUUUCCAUCCAAGGAGUACGGGGCAGGUCUGUGGAGCUGGCCUGCCACCCUGGGCCGGCCCCACUAGUGGUCCUCUGGAGUUUCACUCCACCGGGUUCCCUGGUUCUCCGACCUGUGGCCAUCACUGAUGGAGCUUCUUCAAAGGUGGAGGCUGGGGCCUCAGCUUUGGGAGUCGUGAGUCUAAGGAACAGCAGCCUGGUGAUAGGGGAGCUCCAAGAGAGUGCCCGUGGUCACUUCCUAUGCCAGACCCUGCAUGUUUCUGGUGGCCAGCUCCAUACCACCUACUUGUACCUCACACUAGCUGUGCUGGUUCCUGUAUCCAAGCCUCGGGUGCAGCUGAGUGACCCGUCCCCAGUAGAAGGAGCCUCUGUGGUGGCCAUGUGUGCUGUGAGGGAAGGCACAGAGCCAGUGACCUUCUCCUGGUACCAUCAAAACCCCAGAAGCCCUGGGGAAGCUCUGGUGGGUCUCCAAGAUCCAAAGCUCCAGCUGGAUCCAGUGAACAGAACACACCUGGGCUGGUACACGUGCAGUGCCCACAAUGCUGUCAACCAGCUGAGCAGUGAUGGAGCCUUCCUGGAUGUCAUCUAUGGUCCAGACAAGCCUGUCAUCACUGUGGAGCCACUGGGAUUAAUUGAAGAUGGAUUCUGGGCCAGUGAGAUGGAGGAGGUGACACUGAGCUGCCUGGCUGCAUCCAACCCUCCUAGUCACUAUGUGUGGCUCCAUGAUGACACUCAGGUCCACACUGGGCCCACCUACAUCAUUGCCAGUGCUAGCCGCACCCACACAGGCCUGUACACCUGCCUAGCUCACAACGGCCGCCUAGAUACCCAUACCCAGACCACUGUCCAGCUCACCAUCUACUAUCUCCCUGAGGGGCAGCCCUCCUGUACUGUGCUCCCCAACCUUGGGGCUGUGACUCUGCUUUGCACCUGGCCUGGGGGUUUUCCAAGUGCCCAACUGCAUUGGGAAGGGCCCCAGGGGACUGGCCCUACUGCCCCCAGCUAUGUCACCUGGAGCUAUGCAGUCACUGGACUCCCCAAUGGCAGUGUCUUCACCUGUGCUGGACAACACCCAGCCCUGGCUCUGCCCAUCCUCUGCAGAGUCACUCUCUGGGAACCUCCUGGGAGCCCUACCUGCCGGACCACGGCCACUGUAGGUGACCAGUUCAUCAUGCUGAGCUGCGAGUGGCCUGGAGGCGAACCCUCUGCGGUGCUGACCUGGAUGGACAGACAUCAGCAGUCCCUGGGUGGCCUCAGCUCUUCACUGGCUGUCCAUCUUCUGCAGGCCCAGGGUGAUCUGGCAGGCAGAGAGUUCACCUGCCGUGGCUCUCACCCACUUAAGGCCCCUGUGUCCCACUGCCAGCUAAGGCUGGGUGAGGAGGGUCUAGAGACAGGGUUCUGGGGCUUGGGCACAAGAAACCCUUCAGAAUCAGGACUGGAGUUCUGGAGGGGAGCAGUGCUGAACUGGGAAGAUAUCACCCAUGAUGGAAGUGACAAAAAGGGCAAUCUUCGGGUGGUAUGGCACUAUGAGCAUGACCCCAGGGAACAGACUGAAGAGCUUCUGCUUAGACAUCACUUCAGCCCUCCUCUUUCUUCUUGA